AUGGAAAAUGAAAAAAAACAUAAUCAUAAACAGAAUACCGUAGACGAAAACGAAUAUCCUAAUUCAAAAGUGUUGUUAGUAUCAGUGAAAAGGACAAGAAGGUUUUUAGAAAGAACAGCAAGGGAAUUAUUGGCAGGGGGAACAAGGUAUAUUAUCCUUAGUGGAUUAGGUGAUGCAUUACCUUUAUGUGUACAGUUACAAUCUUCUUUACAAUCAAAGAAUGCAGCAGUAGUAGUAAAAAUUGAAACAUCGUAUAGCUACUUUAAUUCUAAUUAUUCGUAUACACCAGGAUUAAAAAUAUAUAUGGAAAAGCACCCAGAUUUUAAAGGCUCACGAAUAUCACCAGGGUAUGUAAGUUUUCAUGAAAAAACGGACAAUUUCACACCCAUUUUUGACGAAAAUCCAAAUGAAUAUAUCUCUUCGGUGAAUGCCGGAGAUAAUAAUUUGUAUGUUGGAGGCGAGGGUAUCAAUGGAUCUUUUUCUGAACUUUUGUCUGCACAGAGUCAGGAGGUCGACAAGUACGAAGCCUUGUUCAAGGAGUUGUUAAGCAAAGCAGUUAAGGACAAUGGUGAGAAACCCGAUGAGGAGGUGAAAUCAGUGUUAUAUGAAAAUGUUGAAAAAAAAUACCCAGAUGUAAAAUUAGCCUUGUGUAGAAUCCGUAACAGCUUAAAAAAAGGUAGCGAUUAUACGACAGGAUCUGUUUUUAUUGUUACAUUUAAGAAGAAUUUCCCUUAUAAGAAAGAAAAGAAUAUGGGUAUGGUUUACGUAGUAGGCCCAAAAGGAAAAAAUUUUAGUUCAUCUGAUGAAUUUUUAGAAGCUGUACAUGAAACAGCAGAAAAUUUGAUGACAGCGUUAUGUGAUUACAAUGGUUUAGUAAAACGUGAAGAAAUAAAACAUGUAAGAAUGAAUACUUGCAGAAUCUGCUUAUUUUCGGGUGGUAUAUUUAAGCAUUCAAAUGUGUCUAAAUUAGAUGUAGCUAAAGCCAUUCUAAACGGGUUAGCUAUAGGUUAUAGACAUGGACCAUCACCUAGAUUAAAUUUUACAUAUGACGAUAAUGUUUUUAAGGAUGCAUGGGUAGAAACAACUGGACUGCAAGUUUUUAAUCAUAAUGAUAAGGAAUAA